GCACCGCGGGCUGGGAAAGGCCACGCGUGGUGAUCGUGUGUGGAAAAGAAAGAUGUCAUGUUUUUGCGCUCCUCCCGUUUACCCUUUGGCUUUGUUCACUGCCGCGAGCAGGCAGCUUGGAUGGCCAUGACCGUGGCGUGGUCGGUCGGCGUGUCUCUCAACGACGUGCUCCGCCGCAGAUGGACCGUCGUCGUCGGUGCUCGUGAGGAGGAACCGAUGAGCUGGUGAUGAACAUCAUCUCACACACGGGCACGAGCAGAGCGUCGCUCCAUCGCAUCGGCAGCAGCAGCCCCGCGCUCUCCGGACCCACCCGGGCGCCGCUUCGCGCACGCAACUAACAGCAGCGAUCGCGCGGUUUUGCGGCUGCUGCUGCUGCUGGGUGGUACUUUGACUUUCUCCACCAGGCUGGGCGCCCUCGCCGCGGGAGGCCAGCGUGGACUCGCGGUGAGCGAAGCGCUCCGAUUUCGCUCCCGUUUGCUCUCGGGGUCGGACGCGAGUGGAUGCGCGGCGGCGGCGGCGGCGGCGAAGCGCACUUGCUUUGUGUCCUCGUGCUCUCAGCGCCCACAGCGCUCCUCCUUUUGUCCUUCAGUCCUCUCUCAGUCGGCGCAGCCUCCGGAGGAUGUGUCAAACUCUGCCUAACUAGAUUCUCAACAUGACAGCCUUGCAGUUGCUAGUCGGGGUUGAUUGUCUGCAUCGAUCGAGCAUCUCGCGGCUUUUCACACAAUUCCAUUCAAUUCCGGAGAUGCUUCGUUCGUGUUCCUUAUAAUCAGCACUUUUCACUUUCAUCAUAAUCCAUAUUCAAUAUUCAUAACCUCAGGCGGGACACUUUUCUUUUUUUUUUUCCCGAGCGAAACGAUCGGAAAGUCUGAUUCCAGCGCAACUUUUGCAUCUUUUCUGCCUUCUUCUUCUUGUUCUUCUGCACGCCUCCCUCGGCUCGGAUUUGACUGGAAUAAACCCGAAGAAUAAUUUUCAUAAUUUUGCACAACAAGUACGUGAAAGAAAAUAAGCGGAGAAUGGUUGCGUGCGGUGAGCCGUUAUAUAAUGUCUAAUUUGUGGGAGUGUUUUUUUUUUUUGUAACUUAUAUUUUAAAAACCCGAUAUCGAGAUAUAGCAGUAUGUUGCACAGCCUAUUGUGUAUAAUAAAUGUACAAGUACUUCUAGCCUAGAGCGUCUAUAAUAAUAAUAAUAAUAAUAGAUGCGCAUGAUAAAGAGAGGAAAUAGUUGUAGGAAGCGCUUGCAUGAUCGGAGAAAAAGCCAAGUGAGAAAACAAAGAGGCUGAAGAGAAGAAGAGCUGCUCGUGCUGCUGUCCAGCGGUGCUGGUCCAGUGGUCCAGGUCCAGCGCGUCUGUCCACCUUCCGGGUUUUCCCUCCCAGCAGCCCGAUGUCGAAAGGGACUUGCACCAUCUGUCUCCAGCCCCGCGGACACGAUCCUGUACAUUUCUAAUAUUUAUUAAGGGUGUUGAUGGAGAGGAUUUCGAAUGACAGCCGGUACAGUGGUCAUCACAGGUGGAAUUUUAGCUACAGUAAUUUUACUGUGCAUCAUCGCAGUACUUUGUUACUGUAGGCUGCAGUAUUAUUGCUGUAAGAAGGAGGAGUCCGAGUCGGAGGAGGAGGAGCCUGACUUUGCGGUCACUUCCCACAUUCCGCCCGUGCACUCCAACCACAACAUCGUCGCGGCGACGGCGUCCACCACAGCCAACGGCCCCGCCCUCUUCACACCGCCGCCGGUCCGCAAGCUGACACGCUCGCAGACGUUCUGCCCCUCCUGCACACACUACGAGCUGCCCUUCUACCUGCAACACCCAGAGGGCCUGCGCAACGGGGGCGAGCGCAUCGGCUACCGGGGUCCCCCACAGCAUCUGCAGCAUCGGCAGCUGCGGGACCUGGAGCUGCCUGUGGACCUGCCCAACUACCAUAAGCUCAACCUGACUCGGUCCGUCACCAUGCGCGAGAUGUUCACACGUAGCUGCAGCAUCAGCACCGAUGUGUAGCACCACCCGGCUGCAAAGAGGAUCGCUGCGGUAGGAAUGGGGACCCCUUUCUUUCUCAGACUCAUGCAGAUACGUAAACCUGCAGUCGCCUGUGUCCCCGCAGAGCCGCCCUCCCCGGCCCGUGUUUUCGACAACAUUUCAUCCGCCGGCUAAUUCGGGACAUGCCCGCGGAUGGCCAUCCUUCAAUGGAGCCUAACUGGCAGCUCCUUGAUUGCCCCUGUCCACCAUUUACUGCAGAAAGGGCCCGGGGGAAGUGGGGACAGAGAGAGAUGGUGUUUUCAUUUGGCUCAAGCCAGUGCCCCAUCCCCCAGCCAGGCUCCUCCCCUUUUGCAGGAUGCACACCUCUGCUCAAACAUUCGUUACCAUAGCAGCACAACCUGUAUUUAGUAGUAAGUCCUGAUCAGAAGGGAGCCGAGCCAAGACAUGUUUGUCAGUGCCGUGGUCCGAUGUCAUGUAUAAAACGAAGAGUGGCGUUGCGGAGGUGCUGCGAAUUAGACACCUCGUACGUAGGGGAGCACUAGAGCCAUAGUGAAAUUUAUUGUGUUUUAUCUCACUGUACAGGUGCCAGUUCUGUCAGAACAUCCAAUAUUUUACAUUAGGGCUAAAGUACUGAGAUGAGGCUUUCAGGAUGACCGUUGAGGACAAGGAUGCAGCUGCUUCAGAAGUGCGAGGAACAUUCCCUGCACUGGAAAGAAUGUCCUGCACUUGCCCUGUUUUUUCACCUUUUUGCGUAUCGACGGCACACACCGGUAAGCUGCUGUACACAUACAUACCAAUGACAUAAGGCAUCACACCAAGGUUACAGAAAUGUUCUGUUUAAUUUCAGUUUUGUGUGAAAAAUAGUUUGACUUUGCCAAAUACAAGUUUCAAGUAGAGUGAAUCUGUGGCCGAAAAAACUACGUAAGCUGACUUACUAUUUUACCUGUUUUAAAUUAUAUAAAAGCUGUAUGGUGUAUCCUCUUUUUUUAACAAACUGUAUGAAAACUACAAAAAGUUGUUUUUUUUACUACUUAUGUGCUUUUCAAAUUUGCAAGUUUUGUCUGCUCACUACACUUGCCCUUUGCUCCACCAUUGUGCUGGAAUGGAUAAUCCAGGCUACCUCUCUGAAUCCAUUCUGCUUGGCGUGACGCGGCCGGAGGAAUUUGUCGCGCGCCCAACUCUGUCGGCUGAGAGCGUUUCUUCUUUACUUGAAUAACGGAUCCAGGAUCGCUUUCCUAAAACUCGUGUCACAGGGCUAGGUCUAGUUUCGUUUUGCUGGACUUGAAGGAGUGGUUCCGUGUUUUGGUUUGUUGUCCGGCGUUAGAGGAGAUACUUGAAGCGGCUGUGUCGGGAACGCAUAAAUGUGGCUUCUUGUCACAUUUCAUCUCUUUGGAGACACGCCGAAGACUCAGACUGUGGUUCUUCUGCCUCUUCUCAGCCCGGAGAUUCUUAACGUCAUCACCGUAUGUCACCUUGAAAGCAGUUAUUUUGUCAAAGUUUAUUUUAGUGACGUACGGAUGGUUUUUAGAAAUGAACGUUGCCAGUUGUCAGAGGUCCUUGAAGAUCCAUUUUAAUUCUGCUUCUUUCUUCUUACGAAAUACUUUUGCAGCAGUAAUGUUUAAUUCUGGUGGGAAAGGAAAUAUAAAUCUUAAGGCUCUGGGUUUUUCUCCUACCCUGUGCCCCUCCAUUCUCCCUCCAUCAGACAGUGGAACAUGUGACCAGGACACCGGGCGGUAAGGGCAAUGGCUUCGGUUUGGGCCCUGUGUGUCUUCCCAUCUGUCUCGGAGGUCUCUGUGAAAUCGAGUGGCUUUUCGAGAAGGUUUAGCUGCGUGCUGCAUCGACACCUGUUCACUCGCUCACACGCGCUCCCGUUCACCUAGACCAAGCACCGCACUUCUUAUACACACGCACACAAGCAUACACACAAGACAGACACGCAGCGCCAUUCCUCUGCAGAGUGCUGCUCUUUGACAAUGUUGAGGUGAUUUACUUUCGUUACAUCACACUGGAUAUUUUCUGGCAGCGACUGCAGGACCAGCACAAGGAUUGUAUGAGAUACACAAUUACCAUUGUUAUUAUUAUUGACAUUUUUCCGAUCGGUUCUAAUUAUUAUUAUUUGAUGUUAUCGGUUUUUGCCGGGGUGUUGCUUUAUCUCAGUAUUUGUGUUUUCGGGUCAUUGUGCUGAAUUUACGUUUCCAGUAUUAAUGGUUUUCAGUAAUACUGACAUGGUACA